AUGAAGGAGUUACAGGAACGUGCGGAGAGGGGUGAGGAACUUUCCAUCGUGGAAAGCGAUGAGCUCGCCCAGCUCAAGAAGCAAUACCACGACUUUCUAGCUGACGGGAUGGGGCGGCUGCAGGCGGGCGGUGGGCUCGAUGACAAGGGGCAGCAACCCCAUACCGAUGACUUUGUUGCCGCAAUUGACAAUGUGCGCCAAUCGGUUGCGGUGGUAGGGAAGGCGGCAUAUUUUUGGGGCUCAUUGUUUGCCACAGUGGUGCCAGGCUACUUUGGUCGCAAAUUGGGCGUGACAACGGGUUUCCUGCAUUGGAGCUUCAUAACUGAUCGCCUCAUCCUUGGCGCUCUCCCUGUCGUCACACAAGUAGGGAGUAGUGGAAACCACUUGGCACAGUUACGUGAACAGUUGAAAUCCCGCAACCAGCAGCUGGGCCUUGUCAUUGCUUGUCUCGAAGACAUUGAGAUUCAGGGUUUUGGUGUUGAGAUUGUCCGUUUUGCUGAUGAACCUUGCUGGCAUCACCACAUGGGUUCUACAGUGGCGUACAUAUCUUUGCCGAUCGUGGACACCACGGCCGAGAUUUCUUUUGAAGAUGUGGCUAAUACCGUGAAGGAAAUGGACCUCUGUAUUUCGCAACGGCAGUGUGCUGUCUAUGUGCAUUGUAAGGCCGGAAAGGGUCGCAGUUGGAUGUUAGUUAUGUGCUACUUGACAACCUACGGGAAAAUGACGUUCGGCCAGGCUGAGACACUAAUUCGUGACAUGCGCCCGCAGAUCAAUCCAUCACCGUCGCAGCAAGCGUUUGCUUCCCAAUUUGCCUCUCGCUUCCACAUGGCACAAGAGUGA